AUGCUCCAAAACGUUACUGCUCAACAGCUCAGUGUUGAAUGUAACCCGAAUGUGGUUCACAAUGUCUGCACUCAUUGUGAGUUUAAUUUAUGACUUAUUCCAUUUUGUUUUGAUAAUUUUGGCACGGAUUUCAGUAAAUUAUAAGUAGCAACUAUAACAACAUGAUUUUUUAUAUAAAAGAAAUGAAAAAUCCCUUUUAGAUGACUUUUACUCAACUCACAGAGAGCCGUUUUGUUGCCCAUACGAACCGUCAGUCUGUUGUUACCGUGUCCCCACCGUGAUCUUGCUUUCCUUGUUCGCGGGCUGUGGCUUGGCUAUUGUGUUCUUAUUCGGGUGGAUUUCAACUUGUUGUGCUAAUUGUUGCGCUAGAAGACAAACCAAAUAA